AUGGGCCUGAAUGCAACAAUCUGUGUGCAGCACCCACACGUCCAGCGUGAAAAAUGUCAGGCUUCAGCUACAGUACAAAGAGAAAAAAAGCCAAACCCAACCCAAUCCGUGGGCCGUACGGAAACGCCUGUAACGGAGCGCGCUCAAACGGGCACGGGAAGCCAGCUGUCUGAGGGACGACGUACUCGCCGUGACCCCAUCGCCAGCGGGUACCCGCCGCAGGUCAUGGAGAAGGCGCUGGAAAUGGCCGAAGGCAUCCAAGUGACCGGCGCGCCUGUCCGCACCACGAGAGAUGAACUGGUUGCCAAGGUGAAGAAAAGAGGCAUAUCAAGUAGCAAUGAAGGGGUAGAGGAGCCCUCCAAGAAGCGAGCUGUUGAGAAAAGCAAAGAUUCUAAGGAUACUGGAAAGCAUGUGAAAACAACCAAGGCAGAAGCCCCAAAGGAAACAGAGAGCACAUUGCCAAAAAAGCAGGAGAAAGAUACUAGCAAAGAUCCAGAAAGCUCCCAGUCAACUUGCAGUUCAACUCAAGAAAUGGUCACAGCAUCAGACAUAGAAACAGAAGGAAAACCUGCUAAUGCUGAAAAUACUACUGAGCAAAAUCCAUCUCCAUCUGAAAAAGAGUCAGGAGAGAAGCCUUGCUCAAAUCCACCUAAGGAAAGCAAGUGUGAAAAUGUGCCGUCACCUGAAAAGAAAACUACAGUAAGUGCAGCGCCACCAGCUGCCAAGAGUGCCCCGCGAGCCGCGCAGGGGGAGGGGGUGGGGCGGGUGCUCCCCCCGGCUGCCAAGAGUGCCCCACAGGCAGCAGCAGUGGCAGCGGCAGUGCCAUCGACUGCCAAGAGUGCCCCGCAGGCGGUUGCAGUGCCACCGGCUGCCAAGAGCAGCCCACAGGCAGAGACGGUGGCAGCAGCGGUGCCACCGGCUGCCAAGAGCAGCCCACAUGCAGAGACGGUGGCAGCAGCGGUGACAGCGGUCCCACCCACCUCCAAGAGCACCCCGCAGGCAGCAGCAGUGCCACCAGCUGCCAAGAGCACCCCACAAACAAGUGCUACACUGCUGUCUUCCAAAAACCAAGCGAGUGCCCCAGCAUCAGUGUCCAAGAGCGGUGCCCAGGCGGGCACCUCGCUGCUGCUGGCCCCCAAAAGUGGUGCUCAGGCGGGCACCUCACUGCUGCUGGCCUCCAAGGGCACUGCUAAGGUGGGCUCCUCGCUCCUGGCCUCCAAGAGCAGUGCCGAGGUGGCUGCCUCGUUGCUGGCCGCUCGGAGCGGUGCUCAGCAGGGAUCCUCACUGCUGUCUUCCAAGAGCAGUGCUCAGGUGGCUGCUUCGCUGCUGGCCACUCGGAGCGGCGCUCAGCAAGGUCCCUCAUCACUGGCCUCCCGGGGUGGAGCUCAGGCAGGUGCUUCCCUGCUGGCCUCCAAGGGUGGCACGCAGGCAGGUUCACCACAGCUUGCCUCCAAGAGUGGCUCGCAGGCAGGUGAAAGCCCUGCUAAGGCUUUGUGCAAACCGUUAACCAGCGAAGAUGCAAAGGAAAGACAACCUUUUUUCAACAGACUGUACAAAGCUGUAGCGUGGAAACUGGUUGCUGUUGGAGGCUUCAGUCCUAACGUAAAUCACGCAGAACUUCUAAACUCAUCUAUUCAGUCUGUAAAAGCUACGUUAGAUGUUGCUUUUGUUCCCCUGAAGGAACUUGCAGACUUGCCUCAAAAUAAGAGCUCUCUAGAAAAUAUAGUUUGUGAACUGAGGUGCAAGUCUGUCUACUUGGGUACUGGCUGUGGUAAAAGUAUGGAAAAUGCCAAAGCGGUUGCUUCAAGAGAAGCUUUGAAAUUGUUCCUCAAGAAGAAAGUUAUUGUGAAGAUAUGUAAAAGAAAAUACAAAGGUAGUGAAAUUGAGGAUCUGGUACUUCUGGAUGAAGAAUCAAAACCUUCAAAUUUACCUCCAGCUUUAAGAAAUCCUCGUGAGAUCUUGUAGGGGAGAAUCGCUGUUUGUACCGUGUAUAGUAUUUCAAGACGAGGACUAAAGGUUAAUUUUGUACUUUAAAAAUGUAGGCUUCCAGAUAUUUUGUAUUUCUUUCUCAGUUUUGCAAGACAAUGAUAGUCCUUUCACUCGGUAGCAAUUGUAUAAAACUUGUUAGAGAUGACAAGUGUGCAUUUAAAGGUAUGCCUUAAUAUAUAGCACACUAGUGUGCUGUUUUAUUUGCAAAAUAGUCUACCUAAUUCUUCUAUUUUUAAUUAAACGAUUAAGGUACAAUUUGCUGUUUAAAACCUGACAGUUUUGUAAUUCUUACGAUUUGAUGGCAGCGUGCUCAAUUGUCUACCAUGUCUUUUUUAGCCACAUAGAAGUAUGUAUAUAGGGACCAUAAUACUUGAAUGAUUGAAAGCUGUUUAAAAAUUUCCAUCAAAAAGUUGAGUCAUCUGUUUCAGGCGUGUUGCUCAUAAUGUUCACUGUUGCUCAUACUAGGAGAGAAAAUAGUUGGUUGACUAUUUUUAUGGGAAGUCGUAACACUUGCAAUAUAAAUGACGUCCCGAUCCCAUGUAGCGUUAUACUGACAAAUUAUCAAUUAGCAGUCAAGUCACAGCUACUUCAGCCACCAAAACUGUAAGCAGAUUUAAUUUAUAUUGCGAAAUAUCAUUUACAGUUUUUUCAAAUAAACACGGAUUUCUAUACUAAGCAUAUUUUGACUGCUACUAAAACAAUAAAACCUCUGGGAUAUGCUUUUAUAGUAUUUUGGAUUUGGCUAUUAAAGAUUCCAGCCAUUUCAGUAACUUUGCAGCACCUUACGGAAAGCUUUAUUUCGAGUGGCUUCAAGGUGCAAUCCCACAAGGAUGAGUUCUUUUCUUUGGAUGCGUAGCUGAAAUGCUGUAAAACUGAUGGAGUGGACCUACAGAAUAUCUGUUUCUACGUUUGUAACACUUAGCAAGAUAAGCAAAAUGAAGAUGCUGCUGUCUCCUGGAGACAGCGAGUGUGUUGUAAAGCGUUCACACCGAUUGAGCCCGCCCUUUGCUACAUUUUCACACGAUGUACAGAACGGCUUGAAGCAAAGAAAGUGGGAGAUUACCUUUUAUUUUCAAUGUUCCUGAAAUACCUGCACAAACUGCAUGUUUUGGUAUGUUGGAUAAUGACGUGUAAUUGUGAAAACAUAAUGUCUUCAGUGCUAUUUUGAAUUAAUCUUGUCCGAUUACAGUAGUUAGCAUCAUUUAACGGAGACCUUACACUUGACUGACAGAUCCAUUGGUCGAGUACUACAGGAGUGAAUAGGAAUUCCUGGGAUCUCGGUAGUAUGUAUGUCCACUUAAAGACUUCAUGUUCUUUUGUGAUUUUGGCGACUAAACCACGGUGUUACAGGUGUUACACUGUACCCUGCGUGAUUUUGAACAGCAGUGGCUGUCCGGUCCGUAGCACCCGAAGCCUGCAAGGCGCUGGCGCUUCCCGAUGGCUGGUUGAGAACUUCCUCCAUCUGACCCCUGUGCUUCUGUGCCCUCAGUCGCCCUUCGCUCUAGUUAGGUUUCUCAGGAGCUCCCCCUUGGUGUUUCUGGAGCACCACCCGAUGUUUGGAACGCGGUGUGUUAAAUUGCGUCUCAUGCAGUGUAAGAACUGGUGUGCGCUUCUAGCACAGAGCAAGUUUCGUGCUGAAUUUGGGAGUUGUGGUAUUCAUGCCAGGAAGUGUUGAGAUCUGUUUUCAAAUCCUCCCCCUGUUCAGGUGGAGACACAGAAUGACUGUUUUCAUGGGGCAGGAAUUGCGUCCCGUGCCCUCUGGAGUACAGCUUUUCUAGCUGUGAGCUUGUGAGAAUUGCAGCAUGUGUUGCAAUGUGAAAACCUGUGUUUCCCAUCUGUAAAGCGAAGCUCACAGUAUUUACUGACCUCAAGGGGGUGUCAGGGUAACUGUGUUAAAAGGCUGAGGUGCUAGAUGCCUUUUUUUAAAGUCCUGACUUAGCUUUUUUUAGAAUUUUCGAAUGUUAUUCCUCUUUGAUGUUUGGUUGUGAUUCAUUAAAGGACGAGUCUGUAGCUACUCUUAAUAGAAAC